CUCCAGCCUCUCUAGCCGCUCUCGUCCCCGCCCCCCACCCGGUCCCUUGACGCCGAUUGGCCACGCGCCAGGCGAGGGGGCGGGGAAGCGAGCUACCACGCGGCUGGCGAUUGGUUAAGCGACCAGGCGGCGAACAUAGAGCCAAGAGCCAAGGAGAGCAGCCCGUACUAUAGCUUUAACCGGAAGUGUGCCCUCCCUUCUUUCCCCUGCGCCGUCUAACUCCGUGGGCCGCUACCAUAGAGUCAGCACUGAGUGGUUUCUGGUGCUAAGUCCUUCUGCUUAUCCAGUCCAAGGAGGCCUCUGCAGCAGUUGGGAUUUGGGGUGUCCACUCUGUACCUCCAAACCUCUCAUGGCGCUGAAGGCAGAGACCCCCCUGGCAGACUACACCGAGGUCUCUUCGGCCAUCUCACGCUUCAAGGAGAAGGGGAAAUCUGCUGCUGAUUCUCGGCUCCUCAUCUGUCCCUCAGUGAAGCAGGAUGGGGCACGUGUAAACCCUGUGGAUAAAGAGGAACAUCCAGUUUCAGAGUCUGCUGCCCCAGCUGGCCAGGAAGAGCCUGGACUCUCCUGGAAGCAGGAAUACUUGAUAGCCGAGAGUUCAGAUCACGGGCGGCUGGUAUGCAUGGUAUGCGGCGGUGUCUUGACUGCCUCUGGCCCCACGGCAGCCCGUCAGCACAUUUUGCAGCAACAUGCCCAUUCGCUGGACUUCAGCCUGGAAGAGAAGCGUAACAUCCUGGAGGCCUGGAGUGAAGGGGCUGUACUUCCCGAAGUAGAAUCACCGACUUCCUCGGCAGGCGGUCCCAGCGAGAACAAGCGGCCUGCCGAGAUCGAAGUCCUCCUUGAUUCGGAGGAGCAGCCGGUGAGCCGGAAGCGCGGGCCCGUCAAAGUGCGCUGCGAAGGCAUGCACUUAGAACCUGAACGGCGAACUCAAGUUCGACAGAGGCUGCCUGCCAAAGAUUUGAGGAGUCAAGAGCCCGUGGAGGCUGCAGGAAAGGAGUGGCUCUCAGAAUGUGGACUUCCCGGUUCAGCGCCUGCUGAAAUCCGGAUUUUCACUGACGGCUCCUUCCCAGCUGGAUUCACCUUGAAGCUGUACUGCCGUUCUCAGCCCGAACCGUCCCGGGGCUCUGGAGCUAAGCCCAGUACAAGGAAGCGAACAGUGGAUCGUGACUGCUCCGUGCCUCUGCUGCGGCUUCACUCCAGGGACGCUGCCGGUCACCUCCGCCCAGGCCAGGACGCCCUCACCCCCCCUUGCCCGCUGGGCAGCUCCACUGGCAGCAGCCCCAAAGACUGUGGGGCAGCUCAGGGGGCGGGCAAGCAGGGGACCCCUGUGGGCAAGGAGGCCUCCCCUCUCCUAGGCAAGAGCUUCAACCCCACCUGGCGCGCUCGCUUCCUGGUGGACUUCGAUGCCGCCACCGGCCACCUGGUGUGCAUGGUAUGCGAGUACCCGCUGAGACGCAUCUGCCUGGCCACCGUCAAGCAGCACAUUCUCCAGUGCCACGCCGAGACCCUCCAGAUGCCUCGCGAAGUCCGCCGCACCAUCCGCGAAGUCUGGGAGAGCAGGGGCCAGCCAGCCACCCAAGUCCCGAGGAAGUGAAGCGCCGCCGGCCCUCCACCCGCUGCGGGAAGCCGAGAGGAAGGAAGUGUCGAAGAGGACGGAACUCUGGACCAGGCCUAGGGGCGGAGCACAAGGAAAGGAGGCCCCACCCCUCCUCAGAAGCCCCGCCCCAGCGCCACCACUCAGAUCUCCCUUGCUGGCAAAAAUAAGCAGCACCCCGGCAGACCCUGCCGCAAUUCUUCGGCCGUAGGACUCGCACCAUGCUUAUUUUUUGUUUCUCAAUUUUGCUAUUCAGGCCGAAGCCACUCUGCCUUCUCUCUGGCCCCUCCCGCCCCCUGCCUUCUUUCUCACCAGCACAGCUCCAUGCCGCAGUGGGUAAGGAAGACGGAGAAGGAAGGCACUGAAUCUGCCAGGGGAGAUGGGAGCGCCUACCACUGCCUCCCCUUAUUCAGGGACGAUUUAAGAAAAGAAAAACUCAGGGGAACAUCUUUUUUGAGUUGCUGUUGGCCCCUCUUCCUCGCCCCCCCCCUUUUUUUAACUUCUGUUCCCGUGAAGGCUGCAGGAAGGAAUAGACACGCUAAUUGCCUGAAUUUGGUGGUGGAGAGGACGUUUCGUCGCAGCCGAGGCGUUUGUCUGCCGCGAUUAAAGGGACACCGGGCGUGCCGGGGCUUCCGGAUUUGACAGACGGGCUGAAACUUCGGCCUGGGCCUUUGCGCGGAUUAAAGACCCGAAGGGAGCAGUAAAUUAUUUUUUAUGAUCGGCUGCAGCUUUUUAGGUCUCCUUCUGUCUACGUACUACGUUCUGAGCUCUGUGCUUCAAUCACCGCUUUGCCCGUUCCCCUGCAGGGAAGGAAAGGGAUUUCUCUUUUGUUUUGUUAGAGAAGGGGGGCCAGAUCCGCAAGUCAGGCUGAUGGUGGUGUGUUCCGCCAAGCAAGCCCUGGCUUGGUAACCACAUGCGAACAACCGGCAUCUCUGUGUGUGCCUUUAUUAUCCAGGUGACAGGCAGCCGUUCAACAGGUGCGAGCCCCAACUCGCAGCAGGGCGGCACGCCCGUCUGAGAAAGAAGCAUUUAUUCCUUUAUUCAAAGGUGGGCUCCGGCUGGAGAGGAAGGCAGGUUGACAUAACUGAGCUGGAUCUUAAAGGUAGAGGAAAAGGGGUCGGUUUCCUAUCCUGCCGUUCUGUCCCAGGGACGAGCUCGUUAGCGCUGCUGCUAAUUACAAUAAAACCACUGAAAACC